AUGCGUGCCAUAUCCUCUUCAUCAGACGGCACUGAGUUUCCUACGUUCACUCCCGACCACAGUAUCGACUCGCUCCCGAACCUACGUAUCCUGCAUUUCAACGACGUCUACCAUCUGGACCCUUCAUCGGCCGAGCCGGUCGGUGGGGCUGCGCGCUUCCAAACCGCAGUAAAUGAGUAUAGGUCUUCAAAACGGUACAUCGGCCAGCCUGAUCUCAUUACCUUAUUUUCCGGCGACGCCUUCAACCCGAGCUUGGAAAGUUCCGUCACCAAGGGCAGUCAUAUGGUACCUAUUUUAAACCAGCUCGCGACCACCUGUGCCUGCGUUGGGAAUCAUGACCUCGACUUUGGCGUCAAACAGUUUGAAUAUCUCGCAGGCAAAUCCAAACUCAAACAGAGCCUGGAAAAGGCUAUUGGCUGGACGGCGGCACCGCUUGAUGCGAGAUUCACCACUGUCCGGGUCAAGGAAAGCAACUUAGGCAACUUUGUCUGCGACAUUAUGCGUCUGCACUAUGAGGCGGACUGUGCCAUCAUGGCCUCCGGUACGAUCCGUGGCGACCAAAUUUACCCACCCGGGCCGGUGCGUGUCAAGGACAUUACCGAUUGUUUUCCAUUUGAGGACCCGGUGGUCGUCCUUCGAGUCACAGGCCAGGCCAUCUUGGACGCUCUGGAGAAUGGAGUGUCCCUGUAUCCAGCAUUGGAAGGCCGGUUCGCCCAAGUUUCCAACAUCACGUACGAAUUUGACCCAUUAAAACCACCGGGUUCACGUAUCACAAAGUGGGAACUCGGCGGUGCUCCUGCCGACUUGCAGAAAUUGUAUGUGCUGUGUACGCGAGGCUACAUGGCGCGUGGGAAAGACGGUUUCGCGAGCCUUCUUGCCAAAUCCGAAGGUGGCACUGCAGAAGAGAUUGUGGACGAAGAAAGUGGCAUACUCAUCUCAAUGAUGCUGCGGCAGUAUUUUAUGGCCCUCAAGGUGCUUGACCAAUGGACGCACUGGAGCCUUCCAAUGGAACAUCAUUGGGGUCGCGUCGUAUCCAAAGUUGAUCACCACCAUCCACAUCUACAGCCCGGUUCGACGACUUCAUUACUGAUAGCAGAGCCUAUUGCCCGACAGAAAGACUUUCGCGGGCGCUCGUUGUCGCCAGACAACGACGCGGGCUGGAGAGACUGGACGGCAGCGCGACUUCGCCAGAGACGGUGUAGCGCGGUACCUUUCAAUGAGCGUGUUGUUGACGAUGCAACGCCAGCUCAAAACACAGAAGAAAUGCGCCGCAUCGACAGACAGAUGCAGAUUAUGCGCCGAGUGGCCCGCAAGUGGUGUCGCCUGGCCGGCGUGCCGAGUCGUCUUGGUGAUACGUUGACGGAGUUAGAGUACGAGGCGGAUUGGACCAAGGCCAUCGCGCCCCGAGUCGAAGGACGUAUCCGCGUAGUGUGUGAGGUAGGCGAAGGCAAGUAA